UGAACUGAAAACAGCCUGCUGGUGUCAUGUCCAUUUAGCCAGGCAGCUUUCACUGAGUGCCGAGGACACUGGACUGCUAAACUCAAAAGAGGUCUGAGUGGAGCACUCUGGGAGAAAAGGACUGUUUCUGCAGCCUCCCCUUAAUUCAUUAUGGAUCUGUGGCGUAAAAAAGAGUGGAGAAUUGUAACACAGCUUGUCUUGAUGCUCUUCAGCUCAUUUAGAGACAUGGGGGCAGAGCUGUGUCACAGCCCACUGGUAUUGAGUUUAUCCCCGUCAUCCUUCAGAAGCUCCUCUCAGUUUUCCAGCAGUCACGGGCCGGGCUUUGCCAAGCUGAACCGGAGGGAAGGAGCAGGAGGUUGGUCUCCUAUGGACUCAGAUGAAUAUCAGUGGUUGGAGGUCGACCUCGGCGAGAGGAAACAAGUCACCGCUGUUGCUACGCAAGGUCGCUAUGGGAGCUCUGACUGGCAGACGGCCUACCGCCUGAUGUUCAGCGACGCAGGGCACAACUGGAGACAGUAUCGACAGGAGGGCAGCAUAGGGGUCUUUUCUGGCAACAGUAAUGCAGACAGCGUGGUCCAGCACAAACUCCAGCAGCCAGUGGUCACUCGCUACGUUCGUCUGGUGCCUCUGCACUGGAAUCCAAAAGGUCGGAUUGGACUCAGGCUGGAGACCUAUGGAUGUCCUUACAAUUCAGACGUGGUGAGCUUGGAUGGUCACAGCAGCCUUUGCUUCAGACUGAGUCCAAUGCAGAUGUCCAGCAGAAGCCUCUUUGUGAAAUUCAAAAGCAUGAAGAACUCUGGGGUUUUGCUUCACACAGAAGGACAGAAUGACCACAGCCUCACUCUGGAGUUAAAUGAAGGGAGGCUUCUCCUGCUGCUCAGAAAAGGCCGCAGUCUGCCCCUGAGCAGCCCCCACACCGUGUCUCUGAGCAGCCUGUUGGAUGACCAACACUGGCACCGCGUUGCAGUGGAGCAUCGUAGCAAUCAUCUCAACCUCACUGUGGACAAAAGCACAAUGAGGGUGGAGCUCCCAGCAUGGUUCACCUUCUGGGGUCAUGAUCAGAUGCAUGUGGGAGCAGACCAAAGUUCAAACAGGAAUUUCCAAGGAUGUCUGGAGAACCUGGUUUACAAUGGCCUGAACCUGGUGGAGCUAGCUAAACACAAGGAUCCACGGGUGGAUGUGAAGGGCAACGUGACCUUUUCCUGUUCUGAACCUGUAUUUGUUGCCGUGACGUUCACCGGCCCCCGGAGUCACCUGAUUUUACCAGGUGGCUCAGAUCCGCCGUCAGUGGGCGGGUCAGUGAGGCUUCAGUUUCGGACGUGGAACAAGGAGGGGCUGCUGCUGACCUAUGAUCUCCCAAAGAGAGAAGGGACCGUGUGGCUGUACCUGAGCCAAGCCAGUCUGCAUCUACAGGUCCACAAACCCGACAGGGCGCCUCUAGAACUCAGAGCAGGUUCAGCCUUGAGUGAUGGCCAGUGGCACUCUGUAGAUCUAAUAUCAGGACAAGAACAUCUGACCCUCACAGUGGACAAAGAUGAGGGAGCUCAAGCAAGUCCUUCAUUUCUUGUCACACCAGGAGGUCGACUUUUCUUUGGUGGUUGUCCCACUAAAGAGACAAACAUGGAGUGCAGGAACCUUUUCAGACAUUUCCAAGGCUGCAUGCGUCUGAUAACCGUCAACAACCAGCCAGUGGAUCUGAUCAAAGUGCAGCAGAGGAUGAUGGGAGAUUUCACUAACCUUCAGAUUGAUAUGUGUGGCAUCAUCGACAGAUGUUCUCCGAGUCACUGUGAACAUGAAGGCAGCUGCAGUCAGACGUGGAGCACCUUCCACUGUAACUGCUCCAACACCGGCUACAGUGGAGCAACGUGUCACAGCUGUAAGAAACCCAGUUAUAUUCACCUGUGCGUUCAUAAAAAAUCUCAUGAGCCACAGGAAUUAAAUGAUAAUUCACACACAGCUGAAAAAAAAGUGUCUAUAUUAUGUAAAAAAAAAAAUUGUUAAAAAUGCAUCGAUUCUACCACAGAAUAACGGUAAUGGUAAAAAGAAGUUGCUUCCCAUGAUGUCAGUGUCAGAUUUCACUUAAAAUAGUUUAGUUUUAACCAAAUUUGAUUAAAUAGUGUUCAGUUUUUGGUCUUCCUUUUAAUUUAUUUUUUUAAUAGUUAGUUUGCUCCUUUUUUGCAACUUUCUGACAUGAAAAGGAUAUUUAGCAACUGUUUCACAUUUUUAAAUGCUUUUCUUGAGCUAAAAUGACCCUUUACAGGGUUAAUGAAAGGCCUCCCAGCCCCUAUUGGCACCUCUGGCCAGAAUAUUCCACUUGCAACUUCAGACUGGCAAGCUGCGCUGUUGGGACAUACCUGGUGCAGCAAUCUGAUUUCAGCACUUUUUCUGCAUGUUUGAGAUCAUGAACACAGAUUGUUUGUUUAAUCCAGUGAUGAAUCACUCCUGUAGACACUAAGGGGAGACUUUUCAGCUUUCAGAUUAAGGUGUUAAAAAGCCGAAUGCACAGCAAGGAGACAAACGAACACUAGAGGGUGUAAAACGCAAGCAAAAACUGCCUUGUCCCCCUUAUUCUCAAAUCCAGCAGGAAACUAAUGUUUAAAUGAUUUCAACCAAAUUCCUGUAAAAGCAGAAUGCCGUUUUGCAUGUUUAUUGGAACCCACAAAACUUUUAGAUAUAAAUAUGACAUAUCAAGGUUUUUCUAAUGGCAAAAGGAAGGUCAGAAAUAAAAAUAUAUUUGCAAACAUAUUCAAUAUAUUUAGGUCAAAACUAUUAACCUGAUGAAAUGAGUGUGUGUGUGUGUGUGUGUGUGUGUGUUUUCCUGUACAUACUACUUACUGAGGACCAUUUUCCCUACAAAGUGAGGACAUUUUUUUAGAAGCUUACUAUACCAGUUAGAGGUAUGGCGUGAAUUAAGUUUUAGUUAAGGUUAGAGUAGGAUUACUGUACUGUAGAUCAGCAUUGGAUAUGGCUA